UAACUCCGGAAGUGAAGCGGGCAGUGCGCUGGUGAAUCGAUUGCGGCUACCUCGGCUCGCCAGCACCAACGACUGUUUCAAUACUACUACGCGCAUGUGCCGUCAGCGGUGGGAUAUGAUGCGAUGAAGAAAGCCCGGACUACCAGCUUUAAUGCAUCGGUGCUGGAAGAUGUUGACAGCAAUGGGGACAGCAUAAAGACAUGGUGCCGAGGUGGUCCACAAAGCUCGGAAGCAAAAUGUGUCAUUUGCGACGUGGUAAUUUCGUGCGCACAGCAUGGCACAUCAGCUGUCAGGAGACAUGCUUCUUCGAAAAUGUACCUGAAGUCAAUGAUGAAGUUCUGUGAUGCAGAAGGAAAGUUUGCGAAGCCAAAAUUGGCCCAACCAACUUUGACUUUCUCUGGAGGAGCAGCAACCUUAACUGUGAAACUGUCCUUAACUGUGAAAGGAGUGCCAUUUUCAUUUGCAGAUACUGCAUCCAGGAUGGUCCCUGUGAUGUUUUCAGAUUCCAAAAUUGCUGAAAUGUUCUUUUGCGGCAGGACUAAAGCGCCCUACAUCAUCUCUGAUGGACUGGAUCCGCUGUCCAGAAAAAAAGUGAUGGAGGAGCUUUGCUGGCCAGAUGUGUACUACUCGAUUAAAGUUGAUGAAACGCCCAAAGCAGACCAACAUGUUCAACAACUGGACAUCCUUGUGCGAUAUUUCUCUAAAACACAAGAAAAAGUUGUCGUUCAACACUUAUAGUCAUUUAACCUUGGUAGUGCGACAGCAAGUAUCUUGGUGGACUGCAUUGAAAAAGGCCUGACAGAGCUACCAAAGGAGAAGCUGCUGUGCUUCUUCAGUGAUGGCCCAAACACAAUGAAAAGCGUGAAGAAGAAACUGAGGGAGAUGCUCAACCCCAACCUUCUAGACAUCAGAGAGUGUAAUCUUCACAAAGUACAUAAUGCAUUCGGCACUGGACUGAAUUCAUUUGGAUAUGAUGUGGAGCUGCUAGUGAUGGACAUUUAUUACUUCUUUAAGCAAGCCAUUCACUCAUCACAGCUUUCAGAGAAACAGAAAGACCUUGGGAUCCCCGAGCACGUCUUUCUUCGGCAUGUCAGUAGCAGGUGGCUUACAUUUCAGUCUAGCCUUGAAAGAGUGUUGCAGCAGUUCGAAGUGUUGAAAGCGUUCUUUCAAACUGAAGCCGGCGCCACACCAACAAGCGCUGUACUGCAGAAACGACUAGCAUCUGCACUUUCAGAUAAGACGAUUCUCGCCAAGAUGCUGUUCUUACGCAACACUGCAGAGCUCUUAUCUGAAUUUCAAACCGUUUUCCAAAAAGAAGAGCCCCUUGUUCACAUUGUACACUCGAAGUGUAUUGGGCUAGUAAGAAAGCUGCUGAGCCGCUUUAUGAAGCAUGAGGCCUACUGCAACUUGUUUGGCAAUGAGUUGAAACAACUUGAUGUCGGGUCACCAGAAUGGCUGAAGCAAGUUUUGGAAAUCGGAUCCGACACUGAAAAAGAAAUGCGUAACUGGGAUCCCCAAGAGAAGAAGAGCUUCAGGACAAGCGCACAGGCAUUUUACAUUUCUACUGCGAGACAUCUAAUCAAGCGGCUUCCUCUGGAUAACAAACUGCUCUACCACUUGCGCUUUUUAGAUCCUAUAUGUUCUUUACCUGUAGAAGAGACAGUUCAGUCUAUCAAGUACGUGGCUGCAGGCGUGCCCCACAUGAUAAAGGGUGAGCAGGUGACAUCACUUGUAGACCAGUGGCAUUGCCUUCACAGCCAGCCUAUAAGUGCGGCUGCUCAUCUCCCUGCCCCCAGCAUCGAUGGCUAUUGGGCUUCAGUGUUAGCUUCAGGAAAGUAUCCUCUCGUGUCAGUGUUUGUACGAGCCAUGUUGUCCCUUCCACAUGGAAACGCCGACUGCGAACGUGGGUUUAGCGAGAAUAAGCGCAUCGUGGGCAGUCGAGCUAAUUUAGGCAUUGUGGCUCCGAACGCCAUUCGGCAUGUUAAGAGCUAUGUGAAGCGCUUUGACAGUGACCCUUCAAAAGUGCUAGUUACGAGGGACCUCGUUAAUGCUGUGAAGCAUUUGCACAGGACGUACACGGAACGUCUUCAACGGGAGGCCAAUGACAUGGAAAGGCAAAAAAGAAAGACACCUGUGGCCAGCAGCUCACUUCUGGAGAAAAUGGCCAAGCUGGACGAAGAAAAACAGUGUGUAGAAUGGCGUCUAGAGUCGUCAAAAGCAAUGCUCCAGCGUGCACAAAGACUGAUCAAGAAAGGCCUCGCUGGCAAUGAUAUUGCCACUUGAUCGACAUCCCCGACUGGUCAGCCUUCAAA